GUGUCAUCCUGGGUUGGAUUAAUCGAAUAGUUCAACCGCUCUGAUCCAGACAUACCAAAUUUCUCCCUUCCUCCAACCUGUCCGGCGUCUUACAUCAUGAGUAUGAAGUUAAUGCUACUCCCGCUGCUGACUGUGGUGGCAACCAGUCUGGCCCAGCAGAAAUGCUGCUGGCCUGAUGUUUUCGAAGUGGACGCAGUGACAACGGUUGGCUCAGCUUUGGGUGGUAAGGGCACGGUCUCAAAGGAAAACCUCCACCUUGCGUAUGAUUAUCCCAAACGGCGUUUGGCCGAGGUAACAUACAAAAUGGUUGCGGGGCAACGGACUGAAUUCCGAAUACUUCUUGAAUAUAACACAGAAGUAGAAUAUACAAUCCAGUCUAGUCCAGUUGUGUCGACUUGUACGAAGGCCAGUCUCCCACCACAAAGUAAAAUGCCACACUGUAUUCCUGACACAGCAAGCUUUCUGGGAUCGAGCUACUUCGGUUAUAAAAAGUUGAAUGUGGACUUUUUCCAGUUCUACAUGGCGCAGUCUAUGGGCAACGUAACGGAGGUUGUUUCAAAGGGCGACUGCAUUCCCGUUAGCACUACGACAGUCGUUCCGAUCGCUCAGUUAAUCGCGAACAUCGGCUACGUCAAUUACACCCACGGAAUCAUUAACCCCACGAAAUAUUUCAACAUACCCACUUACUGUCCUAAGACUCCUACUGAUGAGCUGGAAAUGGCGGAAGUGACUCCCAGACUCAUCCGACUUGUAUAAAAAUGGACUGGCCCCGCACAGUAACAACACCCUUGGCUAUGUAGGCCUACAACCACGCCUCUACGGCAUACACUCGAUGAAGUUUUCCUCUUAGCAUAGAAAGAAGAACGUCGGCUGAUAAUGACAAUGAUAAUUGUUACAUUAUGAAUGAUGAUUUAUCUUUUAGUCAAUUCUUCAUCCUACAUUUAGAGGCACUUUUUCUUGAAAACGGGUCCAGUGGCGUAUAUCUGUGUUGGAAAUUGGGGGAACAGGGAUUGGAAAAGGUGCGGGGUGACUUGCCCGGAAAUGGAAAUUUGGAAAGCGGGGGGGGGUACCAGAUAUACGAUAUAGGAAUCGAUGGUCAUGAUAAAGAUGUACAUCAGUAAUGUGUAUCAAAUUCAUGCAGAAUCUUACAUCAGAAGGGCAUAUUUACGCUUUUUAAAAUGGUUUUCCCUUUUAAUAGUGAUAUUGCAAAAACUUUAGUGGUUGAAAAUCCUGCAAAUUCUUCACAAUCUGCCUGAAUUUGUUUUGAUCAUCAAAAAAGUCAAUAAUAAGUCUCAAAAUCAGUGUAUACCACAACCUAUGUCAGACCCAUGGACGCAGUUCCAUGGCCCACCAGAUUCUUUCGAUGAGGCAAAAGUGUUACGUAUUGAUGUUUGAAAGUAAUGAAUGUGGAGACUCAAUCUUAUAACAAAAGAAGCGAAAUAGGCCAGAUGAUGUUCUACAUUUGACUGUUCAAGUUUGGUCAAGGUGACGGGGGCGCCAUUCUGUUUCCUUACGUUGGAACAUGUUUAUCACUUCUCGGUUCUAUGUUCGGUUUCACCUUAGAAACCUUAACCUCAGCCAGUGACAAAAUUGAAGUUAAAUUGCGUUUGUUCGGUCAUAAUGAACGGGACCAGUGGAUAAUUUUCUAGGUUUUUUACAAUAUUGUCAAAACACUCACUGCGCUGCGUGUCGGGCUGUAAGCGUAUCGUUGAAAAGGACCAUAUCUAAUCAUCCAGUUUCAUUAUCAGGCAGUAAUUUGAAGCUGGAAAGUAUGUCUGUGCAUAUCAGAGAAAUUAUGCCACAACUCACUAUGUGUGCAUGGGCGUCGCCAGGAUUUUUCAGAGGGGGGGGAGUGCAAACCAUUUUGUCCCCAUUGGCUGGAGAGUUUCAUGAGGGCAAGCUAGGGCUAGUGGUGAUAUAUUUAAAGUAAAUCCGGUACUUUCAUCCCAUUUCUUCUCAGAUUUAUAUUUACUUCGUUUUUUGAACAUUUUUUAAUGUGCCCCCCAUUUUUUCAAGGGGGGCAAGUAUCCCUCUUGCCCUCGCGACGCCCAUGUGUGUUUACUUUCAUAAAUGUAUUUCACAAUUUGAAACUUUUUUGAGGAAAUUUCAUUAUCCGAAAUAUCCCGAGUUUGGGUGUUCAAGUCACCUGAUUGUCACAUGACCUAAAAAAAAACAGAGGAGGCAGUUCCAUGGACUUGUCAACAACAAUUCCAACCCACGAGCAUUACCCUCCAGAGGAAUCAAAAGUCCACUAUA